GAGACCAGAGAGCAGCAGCAGCAGAAAGCAGAAGCAGAAGGCGAAGACGAAGACGAAGACGAAGAGAGAGGUCUUGCCCUAACCGUUAUUUAGCCCGGGAGAAUUUGAUUGAUGCGGGAAGAGGAUCGGAGGAGAAGGUAGGUGGUUUUGAUUUUCAGUAGCGAGAGAGAGACAUGGGCGACGGCGGCAACCGAGGCGGCCUCUCGGCGAAUUCAAACAAGCCGGAGUGGCUCCAGCAGUACGAUCUGAUCGGCAAGAUCGGCGAGGGCACCUACGGCCUCGUCUUCCUCGCCCGCAUCAAGUCCCCUACCAACCGCGGCAAGUCGAUUGCCAUCAAGAAAUUCAAGCAGUCCAAGGACGGCGACGGCGUCUCUCCCACCGCCAUCCGCGAAAUCAUGUUACUGCGGGAAAUUUCACACGAGAAUGUGGUGAAGCUUGUCAAUGUUCACAUCAAUCACUCCGACAUGUCGCUCUAUCUGGCUUUUGAUUACGCCGAGCAUGACCUCUAUGAAAUCAUUAGACAUCAUAGAGACAAAGUUAAUCAUCCAAUCAACCAGUAUACUGUUAAGUCGUUGCUCUAUCAGCUGCUCAACGGACUAAAUUAUCUUCACAGCAAUUGGAUAAUUCAUCGUGAUUUAAAGCCUUCUAAUAUACUGGUUAUGGGUGACGCAGAGGAACAAGGAGUGGUCAAAAUUGCUGAUUUUGGACUUGCAAGAAUAUAUCAGGCUCCAUUGAAGUCGUUGUCUGAAAAUGGGGUUGUCGUAACCAUAUGGUAUCGUGCACCAGAGUUGCUCCUUGGGGCAAAGCACUACACAAGUGCUGUCGAUAUGUGGGCUGUUGGGUGCAUUUUUGCUGAGCUUUUGACUUUAAAGCCAUUAUUUCAAGGAGCGGAAGUCAAAGCUACACCAAAUCCUUUCCAGCUUGAUCAACUUGACAAGAUUUUCAAGGUUUUAGGCCAUCCUACACUAGAAAAGUGGCCAACACUUUCACAUCUGCCACAUUGGCAACAAGACGUACAACACAUUCAAGGGCACAAGUAUGACAAUACUGCACUUUAUAGUGUAGUACCCCUCUCUCCAAAAAGUCCUGCAUAUGACCUCCUAUCGAAGAUGCUUGAAUAUGAUCCUCGGAAGCGUAUAACAGCAGCACAAGCGUUAGAACAUGAAUACUUCCGUAUGGAACCUUUACCAGGACGCAAUGCAUUGGUAGCCAGUCAAGGAGAAAAGGCAGUGAAUUACCUUACUCGUCCGGUUGACACAACUACUGACUUUGAAGGGACAACUAGCCUUCAACCUUCACAACCGGUAUCAUCUGGAAACCAAGGAAGCAUGUCAGGUCCUCAUGUAGGGAUGAACAGGGCUAUGCCCAGGCCAUUAAUUAACAUGCCAAGAAUGCAACCUCAGGCUUAUAAUCUUGCAACCCAGGCAGGGAUGGGUGGAAUGAAUCCUGGUGGAAUCCCUAUGCAGCGUGGUGGUGGUGCCCAGGCCCAUCACCAACAACAGUUGAGAAGAAAAGAUACAGGAAUGGGGAUGACUGGAUACCCUCCACAGCAGAAAUCAAGACGUUUCUGAGGUUCACUGCAUGUGGUUAAUUUUUGUUUCGGUCAUGGAUCUCUGGAAACUCAUGAAGGAGGUUAUGGGACAGUCAUACAUAGGGUUCAAUCAUUUACAUAUCUGAACUGGUGGCAAUUCUCAAUUUGUGGACCCAGUUUCCCCCUGUUGACUUGAUCAAUGUGAUCUUAUUUAUACCGUUAUAUGUCUUCCGAACAUCAAAGAUUGAGGGCGAAAGGACAUUUUGGAUUCUUAUUAUGUCAGAGGCGGAAUGUUGUAGCAGAAAUUUGGUUAUUCUUGGCCCUCUUGUUAUUGCAGUGGGACAAAAGUUUUCCAGACACUGCAAUGUAGCCCGGGCCACUGUUGUAGGCCAGCGUGCACACUAAUUAUGACUUGAUUUCUGUACAAGUUUGUAGCUAAGGAAACCCAAGGAUUGUUGCUAGACAAGAUUGUAAUACUGCCACAUGCAAGUAUUUUAGAAUCCUCACCAGUAGAGAAAACAGAUGGGAGGAUUGUAGGGCAAUAUAGACACAGAUUUGUUUGAUGGAAUCCCAUUAGCUGGGACUCAAAAUUUGAUUCAUGUGUAUGUAUACAAGGAAUGUAUAUUUGGAAAAAACACAUUUACUAUUUUGCCUUUGAUUUUGAUCAUCGUUUAGUGA